UGUGAUCCUUUCCCAACUAUUUGCAAAACAAAGAUGAAUGUGCACGGAUGUAUUAUAUUGUGAUAGAGCUUCUCGGAAGUCAGAGCUGCAGUAGUGCGCAGGCGCUUAAGUUGCGGUCACCUGCUGCUGUUGGGGUUGCAGACCGACCAAACACGACCUAUCGUUUGAUUUGGCCGCUAGCCCAAUUACCCUGCAGAAAACUGCACUCUACCUGUCCAGGAUUAGGACAGCGUCUGGCGUAAACGGCAGGGUUUAUAUUUUGCAAACAAGUGCAGUGUUGAUGUGAUGCUGGAGGAAUAGGCUGUGAAGCACUGAGUCUUCCAUGGCAGUUAGCACCAUGGACUCUGAGUCAGCCCGGACACCUCCGCCUCAGGCUGCCCUGACUAUAGGAGGUCCCUCCCUGCUGCCUGCUGAUGCUCUGAGUACCAGGCCGGGUAGUCAAGGGAAGCACUAUGUCUGCGGCUCCAUUGCAGCUUUUACAAACAUCUUGGUGACUUUCCCCAUCCAGAAGGUGCUGUUCCGCCAGCAGCUGCACGGUGUUGUGGCCACUGAGGCGGUGCGGCAGCUCCAGAGGGAUGGGCUAAGAAAUCUUUACCGGGGCUUGUUGCCCCCGCUGCUCCAAAAGAGCACUACAGUUGCCAUCAUGUUUGGCUUGUACGAGGACUUCUCUAGAGUUUUACUAGACCAGGCUGUUGGCAGCGGUGUGCCCGACCUGGUCACCCGAAGCUUUGCUGCAGCAUUGGCAGGAACCGCAGAGGCCAUUCUGACACCAUUUGAGCGGGUGCAGACUCUCCUACAAGACCAUCGGCACCACGGGCGCUUCAACAACACAGUCCACACCUUUCGGACACUUCUUACUGAGUAUGGUGUCAGAGAAUGCUACCGUGGCCUGGUGCCCAUACUUCUCCGUAAUGGCCCUAGCAAUGUGUUCUUCUUUGGACUCCGCGGGCCCAUUAAGGAGCAGCUCCCAGAAGUCACUAGUCGGGCAGGUCACCUGGUGAAUGAUUUUGUGUGUGGAGGUUUGUUGGGGGCAGCCCUUGGCAUCAUGUUCUAUCCAUUAAAUGUGGUCAAGUCCCGGGCUCAGGCUCAGGUCGGUGGAGACUUCCAGCCUUGCAGGAAGGUGCUGCUAACAGUGUGGAGAGAAAGGGGUGGCAGUCUGGCCAUGCUGUUCAGAGGGGCCCACCUCAACUACCACCGUUCACUCCUCUCCUGGGGGAUCAUCAAUGCCACCUACGAGCUGCUGCUGAAGCUCAUGUAAGAGGGAGAAUGGAGAUGAUGGGAAAAAAGAUCUAGACAGGAGGAGAAAGCAUUUAAAAGGGAAAAACCUGCAUGAAGUGAUGGAACCAGUUGAGAAGAAAGGAAAUCGUAAAGCCGACUUGCUGUCUGGCACUAUUUUUGGGACACUAGGGAUUUAAAGACAGCAGGGAAACUUGCACUUCCGACAGGGGCCAACAGUCAGUGUGAAAUAAGCCACCUGCCACAUGCCGUGACUAUUUAUUGUUGUCAAACUAAAAAAAAU